AGGAAACAUGGCAGCUUCCACCAGCACUAUCGGUGACAUGUCGGCUUCUAUCGCUGGCAUUUUGAAAGAAAAACACUGCCCUGAACACUUGCAGAUUUUAAAAACAUUUUCCGAAGCUCUACGAGAAAAAGAAUGCAGAGACACAGUGACGGAGGCUGAGUUCUCCAGUCUCCUUCAGGUUUUAACCCAGCUGUAUGAUGAGCUGCACACUGCCGGCAGGGACAAGCAGGACCUGCAGUCUGUAACUAUGCAACUUCAGCUGACAGCUGAGUGCUUCAGGGCUCAGAGGAACUCCUGUGUCCAGAGCACACGCAACCAGUGCUUGCUCAGGGAUCUUGGUUUCAUUGAUGUAUCAGUUAAAGUCCUAAACAUCCUUCAGAUCAAACACUUGGAGAACAGUGAUGGCAUAUUUGAACCACUUUGUUGUGGAAUCCAGUUCCUUGGUAACUUGGCUGUGGGAAACCAGAUGUGUAAAGAUGACAUUUGGAAGCUGACCUUCCCACAUCUUCUUCUGCAGCUGCUAUGUGUUGCCAAUGAUAAAGCAGUGAACUACACCUCCAUGGUCCUCCACACAUGCCUGGAUGAGGCCAAAGUAGAAAAAUUGGCAGAGCCACAAAACAUCCAGCUUGCACUCAGGGUGAUGGAACUCUGUAGAACCCACCCUGACUUGGACUGGACGGUGCUCAUUGCAACCCAGCACUUCCUUCAGUCUUCAGCUCUGGUGGAGAGCAUGUACUCUGGGAUGUCUCAUCAUGACAGAGUGACUCUGCUAGAACUGCUCUUAGCCCAGCUAAGAGACGAGGACUCAGAGGAGUGUGGUAUCCAUUCUGGUGUUGCUUGUUUCCUGGCCUCUUCUUUCCAGGAAGCUUGUGGUGCUGUGUUGACACUUGCCACUGGCUCUGCAUCCAGUGAUACGGUCCUGCAGGAGGCACUGACAGUGAUUAGCUUGUUGGAUGGUCUUUGUGAGAUGACUUCAGACCGCAAGCAGUUCAUGUUUUUACAGGACCAUCCUGACCUUCUAGUGAACACUGUUGAACUCCUGGAACAGGUGCACGCCAUAGGAAAAGCCAGUAAGAAUAUUUUCAGUGCUGCUCAGAACUUCAGUGGAGAUGGAGACUCUUCCUCCUUCUCUCCUGUCAUCAGCUUCAAGGCUCACCUCAUCAGGCUGAUUGGAAACCUGUGUCAUAACAAUACCAACAACCAAAACAAGGUGAGAGAACUGGGAGGCAUUACUCUGAUCUUGGACAAUUGCAACAUAGACAGCAACAACCCUUUUAUCAGUCAGUGGGCCAUCUUCACAAUCAGAAACCUUCUAGAGCACAACACACAGAAUCAGGAAGUGGUUGCCUCCCUGGAACGUCGUGGCAAUGCUGACUACUCUGCACUCAGGGAACUGGGAUUUCUGGUGGAAGAGCGAGAUGGAAAUUUGCUGCUAAAACCUGUGAUGAAGGACUCGUGAAAACCCCAGAAGGACAACCAGGAGAAGGAGAUCCUCAAGUCCAGAAGCAGGUUUUUCAGAAAGGAGUAAAGUACAUGUGCAAACGAAUGUACUUGUGUGUGUACAUGUUGUACAUGCACAAGGUUUACCUACGGGUGAACCACCAAUAUGUUAUUUAAUGCAUAAGUUUUGUAUUUAAUUCAAAUUGCUAAUAGAUGUAUAUAAAAAAAAAGAUUAGAAAAGGCGCUUUUAAACUACAUAUUACCCCAAGUACAUAGAAUUUGUCUCUCUACCACAGUAAUGUUGGCACUCAUCCUCAGAUGGGGCUUGAGGUAUUCUUGAUACACAAAAGACUCAUGGGGUCUGCCCUGGUAUAAAAGAACAGGUCAAGACCUCAGGAGUUCUUGUUUUGUCUUGACCUGAGUCUUAGAAAUGAAGAGUUUGUGAGAGGCAAGCACAUGCUGGUACCUUUUGGCAAAGCUGCAGCUUUGUGGUUUAAUCCAAAAACAAAGAGCACCACAGUGUCUGUUUUUUUCACUUUUCACAGACACUGAUGUUACCAGCAGGGGUUAGGGUUUAAUCCCAGGCCCAUAGUGACUUCAGCAGUAACCACAAAACAGAGAAUGAUCAAAACAUGAUAGAACCCCCUCCUGCCUUACCUAAUUAAAUGGUGGUGUAUUUGCAGGAGAUAAGACCUUCUUGGAGUUCAGGGUUUUUGUGAAUAACUAUUUAUCAAAACAAACAAACCAUCAAAUUGUAAAUAUUGCAAAUCAAACACAUUGCAAUGCCACCAUUUCUCAGUCCUCACACUAACUCUGAAAAUUUGCAGGUAUUGACUACUAAUAAAAAGUAGGAUGUGACCCAACAAUAUGCAGAUUGGGCCUCCUGCCACCGCUAUAUUUGUUCCUGCUUUUGCACAUCUUCUUCCAAUAACGCUAUAAAAGUAAUGAGCUCCAUACUUGGCAUUGUUCAGUGUAAUAAAAUGUAUUCAUCAAUAUCCUACACCACUUUCUCUCUUUAGAUAAAUAGGGCAUGGAUGCUUCCUGGCAUGCAACAUAGAUUAUUACCCAUCUUUAAGCUAAAAGCACUGUGCUCAUGUGUGAAGCCAGACGCUACUUCUCUUCCCUUUGAGCAAACAUAUAGUAAACAAUAAGAAUUCCAUAACUUUUCAGGUAGUACUUAGUAUUUUGCUGCAUGUCUAGUGUACUUAUACUGUUGAUCAGUGAUGCUGAUUUCAGAUCAGUAGACAAUGCACUGAGAUGAUGAAAACAGGAGUCCGAUGAGGGAAUGAGUGAGUGAAUCAGACCAGAAGCAUUAGUUUGCAGAAUGACAUCCCUCCCUGCUCCUCCCGCUGCUGGAUAAGCUGAAUGGUCUUGACACCUUAACAAUGCAGUGCUUUACAGGCCUGCCCACACCCUGCUCCACCCUGUUUUCUCUGCCUCAGAUUUUUAAUGACAAAAUGUAUUGAAACAAUCGGCUGGACUCUCACUCAAUCCGCCUGCAUAGUGAAGGGAGCUUAUGUGGUUCCGGUCCCCAGGAUUUCAGACAGCUAACAAAACAGCUGUUACUUGCGCUCGACUGGCUGGCUGCAAUGCUUUUCAGCCCCACAGGAAAGAGGCUGUGCGGGCUGAAUGAGGUGGCAUGGCUACGGCUAUCUGCUCACCUCCUAACAUAUUUGUACCACAUCAGUCUAGGCAGUAUGUUCUUGUGUUUCCCAUAUCGGUGUCUGUUACGCUGAUACUCUACGCUGUAAUAUCAUGUAUUUGUGCCUUCAGGUUCAAUAUUCACACCACCAAAACCCUCAGGAAGUUAAGCUCAUAUUUUGGGCAAUCAAUAUUUUCUCUUUAUCUGUAAAAUAUUGAAUAAGUAACAGCUUUUGUAAUGAUCCAUAUAAGAUCAGUAAAGGUCAAAUGUGACAUAAAACUCAAGAGGCAUUAAAAGGAUGCUCAAAUUUUAUUGGUAAAAAAAACUGAAAUUGUUUGUAAUUGAUGUCAACUAAUUUUUGCCAUAUAACAAAUAAAGGAACUUAAGCUGUAUUUCUAACUUUUAGAAAGCAAUGAGAUGGUCCUUGUUGCUGAAAGUUCUAAAAUAACAACUGGAAACACUGAAAUCUCUAAUGCUGCACAUUUAGUGGGUUGCUGAAACCUCUAAUGUACUCACAACUUCCAUGCAUGUACAGUAGUGAAUGGUUUCCACAAAUUUCCCUGGACUUUCUAACACUUGAUGACUUGAUAAAUGACUAUUGGCUACUUUGAAUUGUGAAGGAUCCUAUUGAAAUGGACAAUCUGGGCUAAUUUGAUAAAAACAUGUGGAUUAUUUACAAUUUAGGAAUUUUUUUAUCAAAGACACAAAUUCCAAAUAAUUUAUAGCUCUCAAAUCUGAAUACAAUGACAAUAGUAAACAAUUGUAAAUAGUGACUGUCUUUCCAUCUAUAAAUGACAUAAAGUGCCACGUUCCUCAAAAUAUAAAAAUAUACUCUUCAACUUGUUUAGUACGUUAUAUAAAGCCUAAAUAAACAUUUCUGAAUACAUUAAGGGUGUUGUCCAAAAAUAGCUUUAAGGCCUUUGAUCCUCUCAUACCCCCUUCUGUGUGGUUAGGGCACAUGCCAUCCACCGAAGCAGGCCUAAACCGCGCUGGAAGGCCUUGUGUAAGCAGAGGCCACGAUGUGAAAUUCCAUGUCUCUGCUGUUCAUUGGAAUGUUCGAUGUAUCUGAACCUGAUUGCACCUCUAUGGAGUUCCAAUGAGGCUUACAUGGUUUUGUUAAAAGUUGAGGGCCCUCUGCAAAGCAAACAAUGAAUAUGGUUGGGAUGGAAAGCGCCGUUCAAACUGACAAGUUGGUUGCUUAAAAUAGUAUGAGAGUAUUUUCUGCCUCUGUGGCUCUUGGUGUAACAAAGGCUCUGGGCCCAGGGGGAGAACAUGUCCAUGAGAGAUUUGUCAGGACAGCACCACCGUCCAACUUUCUGAUGUUCCAUGAAAUAGAGAAAGAAUGUGACUAAGCAAGUGCAAAAGAAAAAUAACUUAUCUAUAGCUUAAUAAGCCACUGAUAGUCAGAAAAAAAAAAAAAAAUUAAAAAUCAGCAGAGGAGGAGCUAAAUAUUUUU